UCGCGACACUUCCGGUAACGAGUCAGCCUGCUUUACGGCAGUUUAAACAAACCAAAAUGUCAAGUUUGGUGGGUUGACAAACCAGAUAGCUGACAUGGAGCUUAAAAUGGAGUUUCCGUGGAUUUACGUGAGGAAGAAAAUUGGGUAAAUCCAGAGAAUCGUAAGACAAUCAGCCGUUAUUAGGAGCUAGUCGAGAUUUUUUUAAGGUUAUCUCGAACAGACAACGUUAGCUUUAAUGCUAACUGCAUAAGUAACGUCCAGGUCAGUCAGCUGACUCAUAAGCGUGAUAAGUAAAUAGUAAAGUUUUAAUGUUUCACUGUUCAAUAUUGUAAAAAAAAAGGGCGUUCAGAACUAACAUUCAGUAGUUCAGGACACAUAAGAAGACGUUGUCGAUGUAGCACAAAGCUUGUUGGUGAGAAAUAUGACUUGUUUACUCGGUUACAUAACUGACUAGAGCAAGACUGACCUAUAGCUUUUCACUACAAAUAACCUUCCAAACGUCUUGUUAUCGUUCAGAAUUUCUGAUUACGUGGUAAUGAAAGAACAGCAAACUAGUUCGUAAUUAAAGUAGCAUUCAGACAUUGUGCCACUCCCACUUAGCAUUCUCAGGAAGUCGUUUUCUCACUCGGUUAUAUUCUUUUUAUAUUCUUUUUGUGAUCCAGAGAAAUCAAUAUCACCUGAUGUGUGAUUACUCAAAAGAUAUCAGGUCUAAAGACACCAUGUGGCUCCAGCAGAGAUUAAAGGGACUUCCUGGUUUGCUCUCAAGCAGCUGGGCCAGACGUGUUUUGGUUGUUUUGCUCCUUCUCUUAAUAUUUUACUGGUACCUGAGUCCUGAUAGGAUCUUCAAGUUCACCGGAUUCUUUCGGGAGCCCGGAGGCACUGCUGGAGUCUGUCUGCAGACUGAUAUUAACAGAUGGACAACGCAGGUCGACCGUGGUGAGGGCAUCAUGAGCACGCCACAGAUGAAAGUCUCUGUACCAUUCGUAACAGGUAACGGACAAGUCUUGGUGGACGUGGAUUCUAAUAAACUUUGGGUGAGGUUGUCCUCUCAGCCGGGUUCAGCCCCAGUGCACCUGACGGAAUAUUCCCCCAUAGUGCGGUGGCAGAUAGCUGGAAAGCAUUCAGAGGCACAGGCAAAAAUGUUGUGGUACCGGAAAGGCUCUGUGCUCUCUUCCCGGUGUAUCCUGCUGGAUACUUCCCAGUCCUCUCAGGAUUGCGUUGUCAUUCGAGAGGAACACAUUGCCCACCGUAGCCGAUCUAACGUCUACAUUCAGCGAGUUCACAUUAACAACCCAACAGACAAAGCAAUAUCAGUCGAGGCGUCUCUGGAAUCACUGUCUUUUAGGGGUGUUGCAGAAAAGAUAGAAGAUAAAGAUUUCAUGCUGUCCACCGGUAAAGUUCUUACAGAAAAGAAGGAAACAGUGUUGAUGGCUGUGGGAACGAAACGACUGAGCACACGCUUUCAGGUCCCUGCGAAAUCUGAGCAUACUGAAAACAUAGUGAGCGUAAUUCACACAUCUGAGCCCGUCGAGCCCUCAAAGAUGGACGAGACCUUCAGCAAUCUUCGAGAUGACAUCAAAAGAGAAAUGGUGGAGUUGCUGCGAGCAAAACUGGAAGAUUUGGUUCAGGAGCACCAGCAGGCUUGGGCGGAUCUUUUCAUAUCUGGUAUAGAGAUUAGGAAAAUCACCGAUGCUCACACGCCGUCGAGCCGCACGGUCAACACUACACUGUACUACAUCCUCUCCUCCUCCACAGCCCCCCUGCUGGAAAGCAGCCUCAGUGCAGAGGAGCGCGAAAAGCUGGAGGCAAGCCUGAACUACGCAGAUCACUGCUUCAGCGGCCAUGCAACCAUGCACGCAGAGAACCUGUGGCCCGAGCGUGUGAGUGGCACUGCUUCUCUCCUGCAACUUGUUAAUCUCUGGACAUUAACCCUCCAAAAGCGUGCCUGCAAGGCUCUGGUUUCAGCAGGUGCUCAUGGCAUGAUGCAAGCCGUGACGCUCAGCUUUGGUGGCCUGCAGUUCACAGAGAACCACCUGCAGUUCCAGGCCGAGCCGAGCGUCCUACAUAACAGCUACUCGCUGCGCGGCUUGCGCUACCAUCGUGACCGUAUCAGCCUCUCUGUGGUGGCUGACUCAGAUGGCCGGCCCUCGCUCCACGUCUCUGUUAAACCGCAGGACGAAGAGAAGCCGGUUAAGCUGUACGCCUGUGAGGCAGGGUGCAUCAACGAGCCCGUGGAGCUCACAUCUGAGCCUCGGGGUCACGUGUUCCCCGUUUUAGUGACGCAGCCUCUCACGCCGCUGCUCUACAUCUCGACAGACCUGAGGCACCUGCAGGAUCUGCGCCACACUCUGCACGUUAAGACCAUCCUAGCACACGACGAGCACAUGGCCAAGCAGGACCCGGGUCUGCCCUUUCUGUUCUGGUUCAGCGUGGCGUCUCUCGUCGCCCUUUUCCACCUCUUCCUCUUCAAGCUCAUCUACAACGAGUACUGCGGGCCUGGCGCCAAGCCUCUCUUCAGGAGCAAGCAUGAGGAUGUCAUCUGACCUCCAUCAGGUAAUGUGUCGAUCUUUAAGGUGAAGCCCUUCCUGAAGUCCUGAAGACAGCAAGUCAAAUUCUCAUCGCCACUUAUUUCUACAACUUAGUCAAACUUUACUCAAUGAAGAUUAUUAUUUACUUAUUUUAAUUAAAGCAAAAUCCAUGCUCUAUUGGUGCUGUUUAAGUAGGAAAAACGAAUGAAAACAAUAUAACACACAGCUAAAUUUGUGGAAAAUUCUAAUAUUUUAGGUAGUAUUUAGUUACUAUUUUAGUAUUUUUUUACUGAAGGUAAAUGAUACACAGAAGGAAACUGUUAAUUGUGCUUGUUGUACUUUUAGCAUCAAAGAUUCAAGACCAGGUUUGUUCACUGAUUCCGAGACACGGUCUACUGUCUACAAAAUGCUAACAGUCCACAUGGCUACGUUUAAAUUUAAACAAAUCACUCCUUUGUUUCUCAUUUGAUUUCAUGGAUAUUUUUGUCUGUUCUAUGUUCUUACAUUUAGUUCACGGUUUCAUUUGUUUACUUUUAAUAUUAAGUGACUUGUAAGUGAAGCAGGAUAAAGUUCAAGCACAGGGCUGUUGCGAUGCUAAUUUUCUCUCAACUCACUAGAGAAUACACUGUUAAAGAAAGAAAAAACAGAGACAAAACUAAAUGGUGAGAGUUAUAGUAAGUAGUAGUAGCUAGUCAGGAUGAAAUUUAAAAGGUUAAUUGGUGUAACCAAUGCCGAGAUGUACAAAAAAUAUUUAGAACCUACUACACACUCCUUACUGUUGAUCAGUGUCAAACAAAUAUCAGACUGAAAAUGACAUUUAAAAUGAAGGAUGACAGAAAUGUAGUACUAAUAAUUAAGGGUUAAGAGACAGUAAAAUCUGAACAUGCCUGUGCUUGUACAUGUGAUUAAAGUCUCCCGUUGACACAAUUUAUACAAUCACUUUGAAGUUUUAUGAUGUCUGUUGAAUAAAUUGUCCACAUGUAAUGGAUGCCGAUACCUUUUAGGAUUUCCUAAAUUAAGAUAAAUGUUUUAAAGUCAUUUCGACACUAAUCACUGACAAUAAACAUGACAACAAAUGUAUUUUUAUACAAUAUGCAUAUAUAAAAAAUGGUUUAUGGUAGACUAUAACAGAUUUGUGAAUGCAGAUGCAAAAAAAAAAAAAGUAAAAAUGAAGGAGAAUGAAAAAAAAGAUUUGAUUAAUGUUGUAAACUGGGUAUUAGUGAGGUGUUGAGUGGAGAGUGAGAAACUAUUUGCAUUGGGUUUAUUAUUUUACUUUUUUAAAAAUUGGUAAUGAUAAAUGUAUUGUUUGUGGAAAAUUGGAAUGAAGUUGUUUUUCUGUU